AUGUUGAUGAUAAGAUGUUGCAGAAAAGCACUACGACAUUCAACUACAAAUAGAUGGUCAGUGGUAUUUAUACGGCAUAACUCGUUGACUGAUCCGAAGAAGAGAGAAACAAUCCAUCUCGCAAUCAACUUAUUAUUUCCAAAUUUGGGUGAUCCUCAAUAUAUCCAACGAUAUAGAGCAGUAGACAAGCAAAUAGUCAACGCAGUUAAAACUGAAAACAAAACCAAGGGAGAUUAUAAUGUGGAUAUUCCUCAAGAGCAGACUAACCACGAUGUAAGCAGUGCUAAAGACUUGGAAAGGUUGAAAACAAUGAUUAUGAAAUGCAAGAAAGAUUGGGACUGCAUCAAAGAGUCCUUUGUUACAACCUCCAAGUAUCAGUUGAUCGACACAAGCUUUACACAUGGCGGUCACACGGCCGUUUAUGAGUCGGAGAAUGAGUUUUAUAACGAAGUUUUGCAACUUGACAAGUUCAAUCUGAAUGUUGAGAUUAGUCCAUUAAUAUUUUGUCCAACUUCGUACAGCAUUGACAAAUGUGCAACAGCACUAUCUGCGAGAAAAUGUGAAACUGGUAAGCUUCUUGCUCAUUUGAGAAAUUUACAAAACGUUGGACGGAUCGCUUUAGGAGUUUAUUGGCGAAAACAUCUAGGAAAGGAAUUGGAUUCGCAAGAGUUGAACUAUACCAUGCUUGUGGCUGCCUCCGGUAUAUACAAUGCAUUGGAUAUUCGGCUACGAAAGGUCAUUAAACAUUCAAUACAUACAGGUUUGCAGUACAGUUUGGUAUUUUAUCAAUACUUGGGUUUAUUGACUGUUCAUAAUGGAAAAUUGUCACCUCAUUUCAUUCUCAGUAUGGAAAAGCUUCUUGAGAAGAGUCGAAGAGAGGAAUAUGUUCAAACGUCAAGGGUAACCAUUGCUGAAAAGAUGGCUAAUGUUGAUGACACGAUCUCAACUUUGCCCGAAAGUGGGAAACGCAACCUAAAGAAAAUGUUUCAAUUUGCUGAACACACAUUGAAGUUGCUUGGUAAAAGGGUUGAGUUACUUGAAGGCCUCACUUCCAAGAAAACCGAUUUGCUCCUUUCUGUCAAGAAACAGUUUCCUGAGCUUAACGAUGAUACAAACAUGGCAAAUUUGGGGUACCUAAUUACGAAAGAUUACAGAAAAUAUGCUUUAGAGUUCUUGGGGAUUGAGGAACCCAGUCUUGGCUUUGGCACUAGACAUCAAUUGGUAAAGAUUUUUGGAGCAUCCAAUUUCGAACUACCGGUAAUUAGCAACGUCAUUCCUCAAACGGCCUCGCCCUAUCAAAUUCGAGCGCCUAUCAUAAAUCCCAAUUUGACAAACAGAAUUCUUCUUUUGAGCAGAAGGUUGUAUUUUGGUACUUCGGAAAACGGAAAAUUCAUGGGACUGACUAUUCAAAACUUUGAGCUAUUUGGUCGUAUAUCGUAUUCCUAUUUCAUCAAGUUGGCUCUUGAAAGAGUGCAAUCGGCGACCUUGACUAACGACCAAUUGUUUAAAAUUCGUGAAUUAGCCGAGAGUCUUUCAUUUAAGGCGUAUAUUGUUGAUUUGAUGAAAUUUUUCGAUAAUCAAAAACAAAGAUUGACAUAUAUGCUGAGUAUCGAGCAAAUUCGGUAUGAAAAUUUGAUCUACAUUGAUCAAUUUGAUCUGAUAUUUGCCUGUUUAUCCGAAAGACAGAAGGAGAAAUGGUGUCACGAUUUAAUUGCCAAAAUUGUUACAGUCUUGACACAAAUGGAUUGGCAAUACGUUGACGAGUUUCUUUCAGAGGUAAAGGCACAAUUAUUGAAACGUCAAGAGUAUUUGAGUUCAGUGCAUUCUUCUCUGUCACGUCUCAAAUCUAGUUCAAUUUUGCGCAAGUUGGCUAGACUUCCAAUGCCCGUCAAAAGUACGACCCUGUAUUACAAUUUGGGCAUGGAAUACUUGUCUUUUCUAAAUGUUAAAUUUCACAUUUCUUGCCCAUUGAAAGUCUAUAGACGAUGUCUCGACUUGUUUGAAGAAAACCUUCUACGGUCAAUUGGGUUUGACAAUGUGACGCGUCUAGGGAAUACAAUAAAUGACACGAAGGACGACUCAUUAGGCUUGAGUGUCAUAAAGAAAACGACAUCACAGAAGGAGACAUUGGAAACUUCCUUUAUGGGAGUUCAAGUGGACCGGAAACUAAGGUUUCGCAUGGGAACACCUGGUGAACCAUUUUGGAAUUACAAAUCGAGCCAAUUGACUCCCCCCAGAAUCGAUUUUGACGCUACGAUGAAUAAGAUUCUAUUGGUCAAUCGCAAAAUUGCACCAGAGUUUCUCAAAAGGAUUGGAGUAAAUGACCCUGAGGUUACCGACACUUUGUUUAAAUAUGAUGAUCUUGGAUUCCGAUACUACCGAUAUAUGAUUCUUUACACUUUAACAAAGUCAAAAUUGUCUUCCAAAAUUCAGGACUCAGUUUUCAAUAUUUUCACUGACAAAGUGUUUAAAAGGAAGUUGAAUACUGUCACGGGUGUACUGAAUUCAUUCUACGGUGAUUUGAAAGCGAAUCACAUCUAUCAUGAACUAGUGGCCAAGCUUAUAAACUCGGACUAUCUUGAUCUUUACUACCACCAUCAGAUUUUCAAUCAAUUCAUUGCCAUGCAAUACAUGAGCAACAAGAGCAAAUUGAACAACUGGAUCUGUGGGUUGAUUGAUCCAUUGAUUAAACUUUUGGAGGAGUGUGCCGAUGACUAUGACAUGCAAGCUGUGUUGUUUCAGUUUGAACGUGCCUAUCAAAAGUAG